GAUUGAAUCAUCCUCGCCAGAGCUGGAGGCUGCAGAGCGGAGCGCGCUCAGUCCGGCACCCACACUGAGGAAACUCUCCGGGAUAACGCGUCCUGUCGGGACUCCUCUGGGACUUUUACAGGGACACUAGCUGCUCUCUUUCCAUCCACCUGGACCCCCUUGGCUCGCUUAGCAGAUCUCAGACCAGCUCUUGGGGUGAAAGGUCGGAGGGCCCCGUUCAGGCCUGACUGCAGCGCUCGGUGAGUGUGAUGAUGGGCAAUCUGAGGCCCUCAGACAGGGACAAAAAAAAUCAAAUCAGUUUAGAUCUGAUUACCAUGCCAAACCUAAUUUAACUUUUUAGCCUUUUUACAUAUCAGUCAGGGCUUUUGAUGGUUAAAAUAAUAAAGUUAGGAAAAACUUUCUGUGCGCACAAGGGCAUGUGAAAGUCAAGACAUCUUUGAUGGAUGGGUUUUCCUUUUAGACCUGAACACUGUAGAAGAAGUUAAAACCUGCAGAAUGAACGCUGCAUUAACCAUCCUGGAGGUCCUUUAGUUUGCUAUUAAGACACCCAUUUCUGUCUUGCGGUUGCAGAAUAAGCCUCGCUCCACAAAAAUGUCUGCCCUAAAAGAUGAUCAUGUAUUGCUUUCAUUAUGAAGAGACGACUACAGUCGGUCUAAGAGUCAAGCAGCCUGAGGAUGUGUAAAACAAAGUGUUAUUUGUUUGGCUGCUUCAUGUCCUUAAAUUACAAGCUGAAUACAUUCAUAUGGAUGAAUUUUAAAAAUUCUAAGUUUUGAUUAUGUCGGUGAUCAUAGUCACAGAGUUAGAAAACAGGGGUUUGCUUUUGAGACAAUGAGAACAAACGACAUUGAAUAAGCAUCUAAUUUCCUAAACUUUAGCAGAAAAAUAAACUUUUCUGAUUGUGAAAUAAGUGAAAAAUUAGUUCAAAAUGAGAAACUGUAAACUCUGAAAGGCCAUGAUAUUAAAACAGAAGCAUAAACACUCUGAACUCAAAGACUGUAAAUCCAGAGUGAUGUAUGUGCAGAGUGUGUGAACAGGUAGAGAUUAUUUUUGUAGAAAAAAAAAGUACUUCUAAGGAUUUUUGUUUCCUGUUGAAAUGUUUCUGCUUUGCAUUAGCGGAUCUGUUUUAAAGGGAACACAACAGCCCCAAAACAAAACAUAAUGAAUGAAUGAACACAUUGGCAAGGAAAGAUUGAUCUUUAAAAACUGACUGGAAAAGUUCUAAAUUAUGUUAUCAUCAAUGUAUUAGGAUUUUUGAUCAAAACCCAUUAGGCCUCUCUACGCCACGACUUGUCCAACAGGUGAAAAGAAGAGUAGUAGGAGUUAGUAGUCACAGUAGAAGUUUUAUUUACAGUCAAUGCAGUCUGAAUAUUCAUAAAGAGAUUUUCCGUAUCCGAUUUAAUGACCUCAUAGAGUUCAUACUUGAACAUUUGAUAGAGUAUAUCUGAUCUCUGCUGUGAAGGAUCUGCUUCAAAGUCUGGACUAAACCAAACAUGAGACUCUGAUCAUGAUUGUCUGUCUGCAGUUUGAUAGUUGUGACUUUCAGUUUGAUCCCACCCGACCCUGAAAAUACUCUCAGCGAAUGAAAACUGUAUUCAUGUCUGAUUUUUUCAGCAAAUUGAUUCAGUGACGACCACAAACAGGCUCCAGGAGAAAAUAUUGUAUUUUUUUAUACGUCAUCAGUUUGUGACCACUGGAAAGGCCAGUUUAUCAAAAUACCAUGUUUGAUAAGAUGGAGUUUUUCACUGCUGAAUAGAAAUAAAUGCAAAAGUCAGAAAUCAAACAUUUGAAUUCAGUUCUCUUAAACAAGACAGAUAUUCAGCGUGAGAACCUUGAUAAUAAAAGAAGUAAUAAGAAAAGAGCCAUUGAUACAGGUGGAGUAAUUUAAUGCUUAUGGAUAAUGAAGAGCAUGAACAUGAGAAUUAACAAACAUCUGACAGUGACAGUCUUUCUACUUGAUGAUCUUUUAUUAAAGUAGAAGAUAUGAAGCCCAUUACCACAGCAGUCACAUCUUAUCAUUCAAAAUUUGCCCCCCUCAUUACCAGAACUCCCACUUUCCUAAGCUGGUCUUGUACCUCUACUAACUGCUGUCAGAGUGCUUUGACCUUUUCAAGUCUUUAUCAUUCACAUGCUGACUCACAAGUUUGUGCAUUUCUGUGUUUAUUCAGUCCAACAUUUGACAAUGCUUCUCCAAGUCAAACCAACAACCUACCUGGCUUAUGUUAGCUGGCUUCAAGGGCCGAUUUCUUACAAUGCAAAGUGCAACUACAGCAGUACACAUGGCAGUUUUUACUUACCUGAAGAGAAAAGGAGGUGACAUCAUGGCAUACAAGCUUGUUGUGGUGUGCUGUGGUCUGCAAUAUUGCAGGAAACAUGCAACAAUUAAUCAUUUUAUCCUCUCAAACAUAACCAGACUCCCUAACGUCCAGACAUGUGUACUUUUUUUUCAGAACUACUUUUCUCUCAAAAGUUCUGUCCACACCAAAAGCAUUCAUAAAUUAUUUCUCUGUCUGCAGAAACAGUUGAAAGCACAUACAUCAGCAUACUGGGACAGACUGUAGCAAAUGUGUUGUGUAAGUUGUGUGCAUGCAUAUUAAGUGUCCUCUUGAGCAAGCGGUAAUAGUCAACAAUGUAAUUUGAACUGCGAAGGAAUCAAAUAAUUACAGGGUGUAAUAUAUUCAUCCUCCCUCCAUAUAAUGAUGAUAUCAGAGGUAUUAUUAUAAACAUGCAAUUAAACCUGACAGAGGUCAUCUUGGAGCGUACCCUACUCAGCAAUUGCCAUGCACAAGUGGAGUCACUGAUGUGUGGUUUGCAAAAACUUUAAUUGUUGCUGUCCACAUGGAUACCUUUUCAAAAAUAUUCACAUGUAUGUGCGGACGGGGGCUGAGAAAAAUCACAUCAGUAUUGCAGUAUAACACAGUAUUGCUUUACAACAUGAGCAUGAUUACAUUACUGAUCACAAACAAUCUAACGAAACAUCACAAACAUUUCAGUUUUUCACUUUGUUUUUUUUUUUUGUUUUUUUGACUCUUUGCUCAUAUUGUGAGUUUGGAUUUCAUCAGUUUAUAAUUCAACUUUGUUUGUUUAGUUUUUACUAAAUAGAAGUAGUAACUUUGUGUUUUUUGUUUGGUUUUAGUUUCAGUAUUUUAUCUUGGCUUUAGUCUGACACUGCUGGGAGAUGAGACACAGGAAAAUGUUUAUCAGACAAACACAACUAUAUCCUGUUAAUAAUCAAUACACAUGACCAGACAGAUAACUUAGAGGGACUACUCCAUUAAAUAAAGACCAAGGCAGUCAUGUGACAUGAUCAUGUGACCGCCUACUGAACAUUAUCAGGCUGCUGCUUCCUUCAACUUCAUCAAAUCUAUCAGACAAUCAGAGACCUGCUGUUUCACUGUUCGUGAUGGUGAUUGUUUGUUAACCUCCAGGUGAAGACAGGAAGCAUCUCAUGUUGAUUAUUUACCCUGAACUGACCCCAACCAAGUCACGUAGUUUUUGGCUUUAUUUGUGUUUAAAGUUAAAACUGGAUGAAAGUCACUUUUCCAAUCAAUCAGUUAUGUAAAUUUACUGUAUAUGUUUAAAGUUUUACAGCAAGGAGUCAAGUUUCAAACACAAGAAAGCUUAGAAAUGUGAUUUUUUUUCCUACAACUGAACACUAACAAGAUCUUUUUAGGCUUGAUAAUAAAAACAAUGACUGAAUAAUCUUUUUCUAACUAUUACUUAUUGAUGAGGGGGGCCUUAUAUAACAUUAAAAAGUAAUGGCUGCCUUUAAGAAAAAGAACUUUUUAGUGUUUGCUUGGUUUGCAUGAUUUCAUCACACAUAGAUUUCAGUGCUUUGUAGAUAAACUGAUGUAAAAGGAGCCUGAAUGUAUGUAGUAACUGUUGAAGAGGCUGAGCAGAGCGGUGCAGAGCAGUCGGUUUAAAGCUCCCUGCAGAUGAAAGACACAUUCCUACUCUGCAUGUCGCUGUGUUCCUCAGACUGAUCCCAGCUGGGACUGGCUCUAAUCUCCUGGCAACAAUAUUGACAUAGAAAUAGAAGCUCUGACAGAAGGGGACAGAGUCUGAAGCUGUCAGGACGGCACAUACACCUGCUGAUCACACACUCUGUACAUGUAUGUUCUGUGUAAGUCAGACACAUGCAAACAAUUCAAAUUCAAUUCAAACAGGAACAAAUUUAGGAAAAAAUGACAAUUCUCUGAUUAGUGCUGGCUUUGUGGCAUCUUUACGCUAUCAGGACUCAGAAAUGUAUCCAAGCUUGGAGGAAUGAUCAUCCUAACCCAUUAAAAAAGGUUUAAAACCUCAGAGUGAAAUUCUAAGUAUCAAAUUGGCCCCUUUGGUGACACUUCAGGCAUCAAUGAUCUUUCUCUAAAAGCAGACAGUCGUGUCCUUUUUCUGUCUGAAACACCACAGUUUGGUUUGUGGUGGCUUUAUAUUCACUUUUAUUAGACCUGAUUGAUUUUGAAAGUUUUGGUUUGAUAUGACAAAAAUAAAAAAUGACAAAGUCUAUAAAAACAAUCUCCCGCAGGAGUCCACGUGGAAAAUGCGAUAGCCACAUUCCUGCUAGAGAGUCUUUUUAUUGUCCAAGCAAGUUCAAGCUGAGAACUCUGUACCGAGUCAUCAUAUUUUGCAUCAAAAAAUGAUGUCAUGGUAUCUUAUGCACUGUGAAAUUGGAGAGAAAAGGGUGCAACAGCUGGCAGCUGUGAUGAGGCUGCUGUAGUUCAUUGUUUGCAUAAUCUUGUUGUAAAAACUCCAAAAUAAAAAACCAUAAUAGGCGGAGUGCAACUGUCAAUGAGUUCAUGUUAUAUCGAUUUUAGUGCUUAGAAGAGAUAAUUAACACAUAAUACCCAUUCCAUCUGAUUUUGGAGUGGCCAACCAGACUCUACGGGUCUAUGGCCACUGCUGGAUAGGUCUCUGAGGCCCGACUCAUUUUCCAUUUUUGAAAAAGCUCUACAAUUUUUUCUAAGUUUAGGUUUUAAAAUCUAUGAUGAAAACUCUGACAUGGUUUCAAAGCUUCAGUUUUCAGCUGUAGUCAACUGUGUCGGAUCAGAACUUAACUGAUAUGCAGACGAUGGUUUAAUAUACCUGUGUGUAUGUGUUUUGUGUUCUUGACUUUCUGUGUGAAUGUCUAUACCAAUUAUGACAGAGAUCUUCUGUCUAAAUCUGCCCACUUGUCUGUUUUUCUCUAAAACAUCACUCUCUUUUUACCUCUCAGUGUCAGACUCUUCCAGUCAGCAGUCUGCUCUCUUGUGAAUCUGGUCCUGUUCGAGGUUUCAGUCAGUUUUCUUAGCAAAGCUGCCACAGCUCAGAGUUGUUCAACAGAAACAGAUCAUUUGCAUCUCUUUAUCUCCAUCAGUCUUGCCCCUAACCAGGAUGUUUUUUCCUUCCAGGAUCCUCCUCACCGUGACUUCCCCUGAUCCAGAUCCAUCUUCAACCAUGACAACCAAAUCCACCAGUCUGGUUCUGGGUGGGAAGGCCUCCUCAUCCCCCCUCCUGUCCUCUCCACCCUGCCAGCGUCUGGUCACCAAAGAUGGACACUGUGCCCUUCAGCCGCCUCAGUACCCCUCAGGGUCCUGGAGAGGAGCUCUGAGCAGAGCCUGGCUAAUGGCCUUGCAGGACCUGUGGGGUCUGUUAGUUGGUCUACGCUGGAGGUGGGUCCUGCUGGCUUUCUGUGCAUCCUUCCUGGCUCACUGGCUGCUGUUUGCCUGCCUCUGGUACCUUCUUGCCCAUCUGAAUGGAGACUUGGCUGUGCAGGACCAUGACGCCCCACCACAGGGGCACGUGGUCUGUGUGAAGCACAUUACCAGCUUUACUGCAGCUUUCUCUUUCUCCCUGGAGACCCAGCUGACCAUUGGAUACGGCACAAUGUUCCCCAGUGGAGACUGUCCCAGUGCCAUCGCUUUGCUGGCUGUGCAGAUGUUGCUAGGGCUGAUGUUGGAGGCUUUCAUCACAGGUACAACUCUCCUGCAUUUAAAAUCACUGUGCUUUGACAUUUCUAUUUGAAAGAAUUUUUUUCUGGGGACACUGUAUGCUUUAUACUCUGUCUACGAAAAAAUGAAGAAAUUUCAGCUCUGGAUAAAAUAUGACAUCUGCUGGUUGACACUCAGUAUUGCACUUCUUAAGAAGGGAUGAAUCCAAAAUGGUUGGUUAUUUUCAAUGUGGUUUCAAAGCUGUAAAUAUUGUUUUUUUGUUAAGUAAACAUGUCAUGCUGAAACUGCUAUUUCACCUCUCUGAGAGUGGCAAAAGUACUGUGAGGCGGCUGUAUCUUAGCUUCAGUUUGAGACUUGUCAGAGCUUGAUAUGUAACAAUGACCCCAAAUGUAACAACUGGUUGAUAAUAUGACAAGAUGAAAACAUGAUAAUGUUUUCCCCAAAAUGUAGCAACCUGUUACAUUUUGGGUCAGUUAUUACAUUUAGGGUUUUAUUACAUUGUUCAUAUUACAUUUCAGGCUCAACUAUUUUGUUACAUUAGUGACAAAUUAUGACAUUUCUGGUUUUAUUACAUUUUUUAACUACAUUUCAGAUCAUUAUUACAUAUCAGGCUCCAACAAGGCUACUGUGAGAACUUUGCAGUUUUCUAUAAAACUAAACAAACUUAGUUUAGACAAGUUAGAACAGUUUUCUUUUUUUUUUUUGCUUACUGAUUGUCCAACUGGAAAUCAAUAAGCAAACUGAAAAACAAACCAGGUGAAAGAUUUACAUGUACAUGAUUCACAAGUACUGGCACCAAGCUCAGGUUGUGGAGUAGGUUUGACAUUAAUCAUGGUCUCAGUUGUUUACCAUAAUAAAGAACUUGACCCAGUGUACUCCAUGUCCUCUGGCAGUGUUGUGCAUGGACACGCUAAAAUGAACAGGUUUAUUGGACCUGAUCAUAUUUGGAUGAUGAGCUAAUUGGCUCGGUUUACAACUCCUGAAUAAGAAUUUCAGUGAACAGCUGCUCACAUUUAGAGUCAGAUCCAGGCACCUUGAAUGGAGCAGGUGCCUGGAUCUGACAUCUCUUGCUGCUUUUUCCACGAUUGCUUUGCAACCCAUCGCCACCCUACCCCCUGAGUUUCUUUGUCUGCGUCUGUGUCACAUGGAUAGUCACUAAUGUUGGCUCUGACUAAAAUUACAGUUAUGUGUGUUUCUAAGUUUUCAAAACUGCAGAUUUUUCCUAUAUUUAAUUGGAAAAUUGUUCUCAAAUGGGAUCCUUCCCUCUGUAGAAUAAUAUAAUUCAUUUAGGAGAUGUCAGUGAAUGAGUGUUAAGAAUUCAAGCUAAGGAGGCUCUGCUGACAGGUAGUUUAGGUGGUUAAAAAAAACAGAAUGUGAGGUAGUUUUUCUUUCUUUUUUGAAACAUGAGUUCAAACUUUCAAAGAAGUGAACAAUGAGCCUGGACUGGUUUAUUUUAAUACAAGAGAACUGAACUUUAGUGUGAACUCACAGCACUGUGUAAUGGUGGUGUGUCAGUAGCCCAGAGAGUAAUUACAAACAUUACUGUACAUUAAAUUUAUAGAUGUUGGAUUGUUUGGAGUGUGGGGCUCUAAAAGAUCUUCCCAUUUUACCACUUGGUCAGUUUUAAGAGUUGCUUUGCAUUAGGUAUUACAACCCUCUGUUUUUGCACAUAAGCCAAGAUUUGCAACACUUGGAGACUGUUAUGUGCUUCUGGGACAGUGUUGUAUAUUUGUAGAUAUAGAUAUUGUAGAUAUUGCAGUGUGCUGAAAAUAAAGACAGCACAGGAAGUCCAAUAUUCCUCUCAAUGCCCCCCUCUUUCUGAUUAAGGUAAAGUUAUAACAUGCUAUCAUCCAUCCAUUCAUCCAUUUAGUAGGUGCAGUUCUCUGUCUAUAGAUUUUAAAAACUGAUAAAACAGCAGAGGUCUUUGGGGCUAGACAGAUCCAAAUAAGUGAACAACACAUACACAACAUAAAAAACAAUAGUGUGUAUUAUUAUGGGAUUUUUUUUUUUACACACAACAAAUAUUCAAACAUUUCCAAACAUCUUCUCAUUGUAUUUUUAUAUCUCUUUUUCUCUCCUUUAGGUGCUUUCGUAGCCAAGAUUGCUCGUCCUCAGAAGAGAGCAGGAGCUAUCCAAUUCAGUCCCCAGGCCGUGGUGGGGAAACAUCAGGGCCAGGCAUGCCUCAUGAUCCGAGCCACCAACCUGCUGCAGCGCCCUCUGGUGGAUGUAAAGGUGAGUGCUGUGCUCUAUGAGGAGCAUGAAGGCCAGGCCCUGCAUCAGACCUCUCUGGACUUCUACCUGGAUCAUCUGGGCCAACAGCCUUGUCCCUUCUUCAUCUUCCCUCUCACCUUUUACCACCCUCUGGAUCGUCGGAGCCCCUUGUACCCCGCCCUGUGUGAGGGCAUGUCCAACCACUUUGAGCUGGUGGUCUUCCUGUCUGCAUUGCAAGAGGGAACUGGGGACGCCUGUCAGAAGAGGACAUCCUACCUUCGCCAGGAAAUCCAGUUUGACCGUCGCUUUGUCCCUGCUUUGGGGCUGGAUGCUCGAGGGAGAUACAUAGUGAGCACUCAGCACUUUGAAACAGCCCACUCAAAAGAACCUUUGAGUAAGGACUGUGUGGUUCAGAUCAAUGGGGACGGCAGUGACCGGAUGGAGUAAGGCUGCAGAAAAGGAGUCUUACAAGGAUGGCAUGUAAGAAAUAACUUUGGGGGGUAACAGUGGGGCAGAUAAUGUUAUUAUGAGGUACUUCACAUAAUUGGUAAAUCUGAAUUUAUGUUUGAAAAUGUUUGAUUGGAUUAUUCCAGAUAUGAAAGCUGCUGCAAACUCCUUCAGAUCCAACUUCAAUCAGUUUGACCUUUGCAACAAAAAGGGCAUGAUACACCUCUUACCUCCAACUCCAUCAGAUUAUCAAGUCACGCUCAAUGGAAACUCAAGUAAAAGCUUGAUAAGCACGAUUUGUUCCGUUAACCAAUGACUCAGUUCAUGAAAUAUCAUAGUCUGUUUUUAACUGGAGCUCACAAUCUGUGGGCCCUUAGCAAACAUGCCAGCGUUGAAGCACAAAUGCUAAAGUGGAGACAAGUAAAUCCUAAAACGUUGGGAAAUUAAGUUAAUAGGGAUGUCCUAGAAACUGCUGGUGUUGGGGCUCAAGUUGGUUAUGCCUUUAGUUUGAUAACAAAACAACAAAAAGGACAUUUGAUCUGUUAAAACCACAAGGAGGACUUGCUCUUUUUCAGCUCCACCUUCUGGUCCAGAUAUGGUCACUUUUGAGUGAAGAAAACCAACAAGGCAACAGCAUUGUUGAGGCUAAUCUGCUUUGAAAAUGGUAGUAGUCACACCAGUGAUUUGGCUACAUUGACAGAUUGAUAAAACUUAUUGGUGUUGACCAAGCAGCAACUUUUUUGGGCUUCAUUACCCUUCCUCAGAGCCUGAUGGGUGACAUUCCAGGGAUUUUGUCCAUGUUUGAUAUAGGAUAUGGCACAAACAUCUUACAGUGAAGGCUGUGAUUGUAGUUCAAGUCCUUAAACCAAUAAUUGACAUAAUUUCUUCAACCACUUCAGUCUAUGUCUUCUUUGACUAUUUCAACAUUGGCUGAUAUAUGUAUACGGCCAGCACCAUGCAGGUUAUUUAAACUAUCACUAUGAACAUCUAGGAUAUAAGCAUGCUAACAUUUGGUAAGCGCCACACAAAAAAUAAGGCUGAGGGACUGGUUACCCUAAUGAUGCAUCAAGGUGUGUUUUACAUGACAGUGGCGUUAAGAUUUCCCACCAUAUGACCAAUCAGUUUUAUGUACAGGAGGAUAAAGCCCUGCAAAAGUGAUGUUUGAAUAAAAACGCAUGUAAGAUAGCUGAUGAAAGUGCAAAAAGAAACAUAGUGACUACAGUGCUUUGUCUGUUAUUCUGUUUAAAGGGCAUUCAUGUUGCUUUCACUGACCUUCUCUGCUGAUGACAAGAGACAGUACUGACGGAUCAAACUGUAAACGAUCAAUACGAGCUGUAAAUCACAGAAAACAUCAGAUUCUGUCAGAGUUAAGCUGCUAAAUGGUUAUUCAUCGAACAAAGACAUUCAUCUCCAAUGUUAGUCUGACCUGUUGCAAAUGCAUCAGUAGUGAUGGAUAGAAUGAUAGCUAUUGAUUGAUUUGAUUAAUGAGUUUAUUCUUCAAUCGAGGCCUGAAUCAGUAUGAAGAGCAGAAAUGAAUGUAAUAUGUUCAAUUUGUAUGAUAAUAAAUGUCUGUAGAUUUAUGGGAGAAAAAUAGUUGUAGAAAAUGUUUGUUUUUGGAGUAUUAUAUAUUAUAAUAUAAUUUCAAUGCUGUUGAUACGAAGAGAAUCACUGUUAUCUUCAAACAAAUCAUGUUUCUGCAGAGAGGAAAUGUUCCACUGACUGUGAUUUUGGAUGGUGAGGUGUCUCACAUGUUUGAGGCCUUUGUACAGUGUACAUUUUAUGAAAUAAAUAUUUUCUAAACAAGCUGAACUGGAAA